GUUAAUUUUCGCGUAUCCGGCCAUUACCGGAUUACCCGAGCUCGUCGACCGUGUGUGCGUGUGUGUGUGUGACGUGCUACUCUGUUCUCCGGUGCCGUUCGACGUUAUUUUUUUUCAAUAAUUUUUCGUUUGUUUGUUUUUUUUUGGAAAUCCGUCUCUCCCGAUCCGCGGUCUCCGAACGUUCGUCGCCCCGUUCGAGUCGACCGCCGCCGCCACUGACGACCGUGUUGUGGUCGUCGUCGUAACACUGUUGCUCCGCCGCUGCCUACGCCGCGCGUUGUUCUCAGACGAUCGACACCGCCGCUGCGUAUCUACGCCAAACGGUUUUUCGUUUAAUUAGCGUGAUCGAAAUAUCGCAGGACCCGGGUCCCCGAAGUCACCCCCAGCUCGGUCGGCACCCCGUCGUCCGGAUGACCGUCGGAUUUUCGACUCUGCGGUCCGCGCGACGCCGCUCGCGAUCCGUUGCUGCUGCUGUUGCUCGUGCCGUAGUAGUCGCGCCACAACGGCGCGAUGGCCGAUGACGACCGCCGGCCCGCCGCCGCUACUGCUGCUGCUGCUGCUGCAACAAUAAUAACAAGUACGUUGCCGCUGCUGCCGCUGUUAUCAAUCCGUCGUUACAGUGUUGUUGUGAUGUCGGAAUCACAUUUUGCCGUGUAGCCCCGUCGCCGUCGCUCGCCGGACGCAAUACGACCGAAAAACGGAUUACGGAUAAUAUUGUUAUUAUUAUUAUUACUAUUAUUAUUAUUAUUAUAAUAUCGCCGUCGUCGUCGUCGUCGUCUUUUGUUUCCGUCGCCGCCGCCGCCGUCGAUCGACAGCAGCUCACUGCAUGAUGGCAUCACAAAUGGAAAUUGAUGACGAUGUCGUCGAUUUAAGUAUAUCAAGCAGUCGUACAAGCCAAUCAUUAAGAGAUGAACCACUUUCUCUAAAAUGUAAUCAGCCAGAUGAAGCUCAUAUCCAUAUGAAUGGGCAUUUGGUUAAUGGUUUCACCUCUGCUGGCAAUGAUUCCUCAGAGGAAAGUGAUGAUGAUAUGCCCCUUGAACUUCCGCCAUCCCCCAAGGAUUUUACACCACCGGAAGAGGUGAGUGAAAGAGAAAAACUUGUCAGAGUUUUAAAGGAGAAUCUUCGAACAGAAGAAAUGACUUUGGUGCUGUUGAAGAAAUUACAACAAUCUCAACAAAUUAACCAAAUUGCUCAGAGUGUUACCAUCACCCCUCAAGCAGCUCAUACCAAAGAUCAUUCUAAUUCGUUGUCAUCCCAAUUGCCGACUGGAAAGUCAGCUCAACCACCAAUGCCUCAUGUACCUCAUCAUGCAAAACCACCACCACCCCCAUUAAAUCGCUUGCCAUCAUCGUCAAGAUCUAAUGCCCAUCAAUCUCACCAGUCUAUGUCUUCAAAUCCCUUGAUGGGUUCAAGUAGAUUACCUCCUUCUAAUGGACUACAAAAUUUGCAGAGGUCAUCCAAUGGUCGGUCAUCACAUUCUUCACAUUCUGGACAUUCAUCACAUUCAUCACCUUCAAUUACACUUGAACGAGUAAUAAAAGACCACCAUUCCUCCAAUACUUCCCAAUCGGAACGUUUGAGAAAUGACGAUGGUCAAACACCUGCUCAGAGACAAGCUGCUGCUAAAUUGGCCCUUAGAAAACAAUUGGAGAAAACAUUAUUACAAAUUCCACCACCAAAACCUCCGCCACCUGAAAUGCAUUUUAUUCCAAAUCCAUCAAACACGGAAUUUAUUUAUUUAUUGGGAUUGGAACAUGUCGUUGAUUUCAUAACAAAUGGUGAAAUGAUUGAAGCCAGUAUACCAAAGGACCCAUAUAAGUGUUCUCAAUGUGAUUCAAACUUUACACCAGUUUGGAAAUUGGAAAAACCUUCUAGAAAUAAAGAAUCUAAAAUAAUAUGUGAAUUGUGCGUCACCAGCAAUGUAAAGAAAUCUCUCAAAGCGGAACAUACAAAUCGACUGAAGACUGCGUUUGUGAAAGCUCUUCAACAAGAGCAAGAAAUAGAACAAAGGUUGGCUCAAGUAUCGCCGCCAUCUUCUGUUUCCCCUGCGCCAGUUCAUCCAAUUCAUAUAAAUCCACCAAUGCCGUCCGUGCCCAAGCCAGCGCCUGCACCAAAACGUAACCCAACACCUCCUCAACCGCACAAGAUGCAUCCUUCAGAUCCGACAGGCGGUAAAUUUAAUGCUGCAGCUGCAGCUCACCUUGCCCUCCAACAACAAAUGCUCAGAGGGUUAUCACCUCAUCCAGCUGCUGCCAUGUUGCAGUUUGCACCACUACUGUAUCCGUACCAACUGGCCAUGGCGCAAGCUAGUGGAAAAAAUUCGGCUGCUGCCGUAGCUGCAAACCUUGCUGAGCUACAAAGGCAGGCGGUCGAUUUGCAACGACAGUAUUUAAUGGAGAUGAUGCCCCAACAAGGCCAGUCACGGUCUGCAUCACAAACACCCACGUCAGCACACAAUUGGAAAUCAUGAUCCCAAUGAUUUAUGUAUACCAAAAUGCACGUUCUAUUGGUUUUCCAGUGGCGUGUAACUAUCAACAUUAUUAUUAUAUAUUAUUGCACCUGGGAUGCCUGUGCAGACGUUUAGUACUCACAAAUUAGAGGUGAUGCAUGUUUACUUGGGCAGAUCUUUAUAGCUAUCAAGGUUGCCGGUUAUCAAUCAAUGCAUUCCAACACGUUAGCAUACAUACUACGUGAAUUAUUUACCUGUUGUGCUGUAUUAACAUCGUAUAUUAAAAUUCAGUAAAUGCAUAACAUUUAAAUGGCACAACACGUGUAGUCACUGCUUUCUACUGUCAAUGUGUUGUGUAUGAUAUUUCAUCCGAGAAAAGGAUGUUAUGAAAAAAAAAAAACAAUAA